AUGUUUAUUACAGUCGUUUAUGGGGGUAAGUCUGCAACUUUAUCAGUGAAGGUAUCUAGCAAACAUAAGUGCAACAUAAAUGCAGCUUCUUUCAUAGAUGACUGAAAAAGUUAUUAAGGAUCUUCAAAGCAGACAGAAAUUAAACAAAUAACUAAAAGGCUCUUCACAUUUGAACUUUGUCAGGUAAAGAGGAGUACUCGUUAAAGUUUGGUAUCAUUAAGGGUUUCUGGAGUAUAGUUUAGUCACGAUAUUUCAGUGAAUACUUAAACUCUUUAAACCCUUUAGCACACCUCUGUAUGUAUUUUGGCCACACUGUUCUCUAUAGAUUUCCUUGUGAGCUGACAAGGAGAAUUUGUUUAAUAAUCAAGAGCUUCUUAAGUUGGUGAUCAUUUCCUUUAUAUUCAUGAUCUAAAUGUUUGAUUCAGGAGUGAUAUUGUAGGAAAAAAUUAGAUGCUAGUCGCUCAUAGGGGUCCAAGGAUUACCAAGUAUAAAUUUUAUGAAAAGGUCUUAGGAAACGUGUUUCAGCUGCAACGAGCUCCAUAACUGCUCAGAGUAUUGGCCGCUUAACCUUUCAUAGAGGUAUUGCUUUUCGCAGAACAAGAGGAAGUGUUGUUUAACACCGAUUGCAGGCUCAAGCUGUUGUUAGAUUGUAUCAAAAGGCUGUGCAAGUGUGAAAUGCAAGGUGAUUAAAAUAUAAUAUUUGUGACAAUCAUAUUUUGUUGUGACUCCAGGAUUUUUCAAAUAAAUGGGGGAGGAGUGGGUGGGGUCACACUUAUGGAUAUCUGCGCACUUACGUGAUGUGGCUCAUAUCGCCGCUCAUCCUCAUGUAGCAAUAGUCUGAUACGCAUGCGGCAAGAUGGGGUGGCAAAUGUCAGCCAAUAAAAACGCGAGAUUUUUACAGGAGUUUUACAUAGAAUUUACAUGCUGUAUACUUUUAUUGAAGCAUUUCUUAAGAAAUGGUUUGUCAUACGAUAGAUAACACCGAAUAGUUCAAAAUGAAUAAAAAGUAACGCCAAUGCAGAAGCUGUGAUGGAUUCUGCCCCUUUUUUUUUCUUCAGCUGAAGUGGAUCUGUGUGAAGUAACUGGUCAUCCAAAAUAUCUACAACAUCAGCCUCAAGAAUCUUAUGCCACAAAUUUCUUAAAACCCAGAGGAAAAUACGUCCUAAUACAAAUGGAAAGUAAGUUAUGCUGUAUUGUACUCCCAUUGCGUGCCUACAUUUUUUACGUCAACGUCCGCGAAACGGACCAAGUGUUUGUCGAAAAAGAACUAGUCGUGUUUAUACUGGCAUAUUUUGUUACCUAAAAUCGUUGUUGUUGUUGGUCAAACUUGAAACAGUCGAAAAUCUACUCUAUUGUCAAAAUUGGAUGUUUACUCGGUUAUGGAACAUUUGUGGAUUAUCAUCGGAAUCCCUGUAAAUAAAUGGUUUGAGUUUUCGCUUUCGAGUGAAUUCCUAUGUGGUUCUGCGAACUGCGUAAUAUGUAUCCCUGACAAGGUUAAUACUUACAUUUCCAGGCAUUUAGAAUUUAUUCUGAAAAAAGUUUAGGUGCGUGAUCUUGAAUUUUUACUUGUAAUUUUUCUUUUCAGGGGAAAAUGGAAAAUCCUUUUACAAACCUCUUCUUAGGGAUAAAUCUAUUAUCACUGACCAUUUUCUAGGUAAGAAAAUGAUCUUUAUAAUAUCUUGUAAAACAUAUCGGGCCGGUCAUUUACACGAGGUCUAACCCAAACCGCGAUUUUGCGCAAGCAGUGAGCCUCAUGUAUUCUUUAUAAGAGUUGACUGUAAUCAGAUAAGUUUUAUUUCCACUGCUAAUUUUUGGUCCUCUUGACACAGUUCACAAAAUAAAGUAUACAGAUAAGAGGCUCAGCUAAAUUGUAGAUAGCCUAGAGCACAGUUUUGUUAAACAACGGUUAAACUUUGUCUAAACAACCGGCCCAUCAUGUUAUAAACUUGGCCAGCUUUUACUGUUUUUGUUUCCCUCAAAACACAAGGGGUGGGGUGGGUAGUGAAGCGAAAAUGAACUUCCCUAAUAGUGUCUUUUACUUUGAUAAAAACUAUUACAAAGAGAACCAUUACUACUUCAAUCUUAUAGAAAUAAGAGAGAUGGUAAGUCUUUUUUUCUUUUUUCAAUCUUGUUUUUUUCCCAGCGAGCUUGGAAAAAGAUAUGGCAGAGAGAGAAGUGAGUCGUUCACCCGGCGCUGAUAGACUGCGAACGAAGAGAAAUUCACUUAAACCUGGGCGAACUGGUACAUCAGGAAAAACAAAACCGAGGGCGCUCUCGAUGAACAAGAAUUCUUAG